GUAGCGACUGUAGGUGCCGUGAUCUUACAGAACGGCCAGGUUCGAGAGACCCAUUUUCUGGAUACGAAAGUCGACAGCAUUAGCGGCGGAUGGAACUCAACAGCCUGGAGCACAUAUGGAGCCAAUGCGUCUGAGCUCUCAUACAAAGGACGAUGGGACAGCCAACAUAUCUCCUGGUGGGCUGCACCCGGCCUCAAGUUCGCCUUCGAAGGCGAGGAUAUGGCCAUCACCUUCGGUCAAUACACUUCGAAUGGCGUCCUUGUGGCAUAUCGAGUCGGAGGCUUGGACUGGCAGUUCACAAAUAUUACCACUAACGCGACUCACCAUUUGGUGACUGCAUCAAUCCCAGGCCUGAACCUUACGCAAUCCGAUCAGCGCCCACUCACCUUCGAGAUGAGGGUCACAAAUUGGGGCUAUGGAGUUCAAGUCUCUACCAUUCAUCUAUCUGCCGGCUCGAGACUCAUCAAGAUUCCCAGCUUCUCCAGAUCGAUCGAAUUCAUAGGUGACUCCCUCACCUCUGGCUACUCCGCAACAUACGAGGCCUUCAGCAGCUUCGGCUACAUGAUUGGCGCAGGAUUAGGCGACGUUGAGUUCAGCGUCACCGCUCAUCCAGGCAUCUGUCUACACGACGCAGACUGCUGGGGCAACCCCCGAGGGCAAGAACACCAGUGGUUUGAGACCUACGACACCAACGGUCGCGCACAGGAGAUUCAUGGCAACAACACCGAACCGUGGGACUUUUCUGCGCAUCAGCCUGCGGAUAUUGUUCUCAUCAACCUCGGUACCAACGACAACAACACCGCAAACAACGUGACGAACGAAGAGUACUACAGCUCUUAUAUCUCAUUCAUCUCCAAAGUCCACAACGUUUGGCCACACGCGCAGAUUAUCAUCAUGUCGCUCUGGAAUGGGUUCGGUCAGCGCGGCAACACGUACUACGAGGUCGGUGCGUUCAAGGAUGAGAUCUACAAUGUGUACAAGCACUACGAGAAUGAGGGUUACGUACAUUACUUCAACAGCACUGGAAUCCUACAACACAAUGACAUUGGACCGCAGUACCACCCGACCGACGUUGGGCAUAUCAAGAUCGCUAGUCAUGUUCUGCAGUACAUCAGAAUCAAGUUUGGAUGGGAAUUCGCAGCGACGGGCCCGGAGGUGCAGCAUGAGACGUUGUACUGGAACAACGAGGUGAGGUAUUGA